AUGGUGGGGCCAAUCAUUAGGAACGCCGAGAAGCCCGCGAUACAGCUCAGCUCGGCCUACGAUCUGAGCGAGUUCUCGCGCUGGACCAAAAAUGACUACCAAAACUUCAUGACCAUGUUCAGCAAGACCGUGGCCGAGCGGACGAACCCCGGCCAGAGGCUCGACGUUGAGGAGCAAGGCCAUACCUUUCACUGCUACUCCCGCUCCGAGGGCAUCGCCGGCGUCAUCAUCUCCAAGGACUAUCCCAAGCUCGCCGCCCACCAGAUCCUGUCCAAGGUCGUUGACGAGUUCCUCGCCGAUAAGACGGCCGCCGAGAUCGCCCGCGCCUCCAAGGACAACGAGCUAUCCUUCCCCGCCCUACAAAAGUACCUUCAGACCUACCAGGACCCCUCCGAGGUCAGCUCCAUCGCCAACAUCCAAAAGGAGCUCGACGAGACCAAGAUCAUCCUCCACAAGACGAUUGAGAGUGUCCUCCAACGUGGCGAGAAACUCGACGACCUUGUAGCCAAGAGCUCCGACCUCAGCGCCCAAAGCAAGAUGUUCUACACCACCGCCAAAAAGCAAAACUCUUGCUGCUCCGUCAUGUAG